AGAAAAGGAAGAAGAUGUUCCUCCUCAUGUCAAUAUGGCGCUGUAGGAGCUCUGUCCACGCUGGUUUGUUGACGUUUAUUUAAUACCGUCAAUCCUGCUGCUUUAGUGGAUUUACAGCCAACACAACCAUGUCGAGACUCAUCGUUAAAAACCUCCCUAAUGGGAUGAAGGAGGAGAGGUUCAGGUCGAUGUUCGCUGCCUUCGGCACGGUGACCGACUGCUCUCUGAAGUUCACCAAAGAGGGAAAGUUCAGAAAGUUCGGCUUUGUGGGCUUUAAAUCCGAGGAGGACGCGAGCAGAGCGCUGACGCAUUUCAACAAGAGCUUCGUGGACACUUCUAGAGUAACGGUGGAGAUGUGCAAAGCGUUUGGAGAUCCCACAAAAGGAAAAGCCUGGAGUAAACACUCUCAGAAAUCAGAGCAGAGCAAAGCCUCUGCUGCUGCUCCCACAGACAGCAAAAAGAAAAAGACGGGGAAAAAGGAAACCAGCAGUGCACUGGGAAAUCUGGAGAAAGAAGAAGGAUUUAACGAGUUUCUGUCAGUGUAUCAGAACCGCAGCCAAGCCAAGACCUGGACAAAUGACAUGGCUCCGGAUCUGGAUAACCGUGAUAAUAUACAGAAAGAGAAAAAGAAGAAGAAAAAGCCAACCUCUGAUGAUUAUCUCAACUUUGAUUCCGACGAGUCAGAGAAUGAAAUGGAAAAGGAGGAGGAGGAGGACGAUGAUGAUGAUGAUGAUGAUAAAAAAGAGGAAGCCCUGAAGUCUGGCCUGUCAGAUAUGGACUACCUGCGCUCCAAGGUGGCGCAAACUAUGGAGGAGAGUGAUGAAGAGGAUGAAGCCGAUGACGAGAAAGACGAUGGUCCCACUCAGCACGGAGACAGCGCCUAUGAGAGCGGUGAACGAGAAAACGUCUCAAAGCCUAAAGCUUCCUCUGGGAAUAAGAAACAGGGUGUCAAACAGGAGAUGGAGCCGGUGACAGAGUUCACGGUGAAGCUAAGAGGGGUCCCGUUUAACGUGAAAGAGCAACAAAUCCGAGAGUUCAUGACUCCGCUGAAGCCCGCAGCUAUCCGGAUCGGGAAGAACGACAGUGGAAACAGAACAGGUUACGUGUAUGUGGACGUGCGCUCUGAAGAGGAGGUGGCGAAGGCUUUGAAGAAGACGAAAGACUACAUAGGGGGUCGUUACAUCGAGGUCUUCCGCGUCGAUUCUUCUUCGGGGGCAAAAAGCAAGAGGAACAAAAACGACAAAGAAAUCGACCGAAACUUCACCAGGACGCUGAAGGAGGACGAGGAGGAGGAGGAUGUCUCAGAGUCCGGUCGACUCUUCAUCAGAAACCUUCCUUACACCUGCACAGAAGAAGAGAUCAAAGAGCUUUCUACUAAAUACGGUCCUUUAUCGGAGCUGCUCUUUCCUAUCGACAACCUGACCAAGAAGCCAAAGGGAUUUGCUUUUGUUACCUACAUGAUACCAGAAAAUGCUGUGGUAGCCCUUUCAAAAUUGGACGGACAUAUAUUUCAGGGUCGAAUGCUUCAUGUUCUUCCCUCCACUGUGAAGAAGGAAAAGCCAGACUCCUCAGAAUCUGGUGGUCCUGGCUCUUCAUCGUAUAAACGGCAGAAAGAUGCUAAAAAUAAAGCUUCAAGUUCUAGCUCACACAACUGGAACACUUUGUUUUUGGGGACAAGUGCAGUGGCCGAUGCCAUUGCUGAGAAAUAUAACACCACGAAAAGCUUGGUCUUGGACCACGAGUCAAAGGGAAGCGUUGCAGUGAGGAUGGCUCUAGGAGAGACUCAGAUUGUUCAGGAGACCCGACAGUUCCUGCUGGACAACGGCGUUUGUCUAGACUCCUUUAGUCAAGCUGCAGCAGCGAGGAGUACAUCUGUGAUCCUGGUAAAAAACCUCCCAGUCGGAGUGACGACGACGGAGCUUGAGGAACUUUUCUCGCCUCACGGCUCUUUGGGUCGAGUGCUGCUGCCGCCUUCAGGACUCACCGCCAUCAUUGAGUUCCUGGAGCCAACCGAGGCCAAACGAGCUUUCACAAGGCUGGCUUAUAGCAAGUUUCAUCAUGUCCCACUGUAUUUGGAGUGGGCCCCUGUUGGGGUGUUCACAGCUGCCAAUCCAGAAACGGAAAAAUAUGUCAUAUCAGCCAAAAAAGAGGCUGUGAAGGAGGAGGGCAAGCAAGAGGAGGAUGAGCAAGAAGAGGAAGAAGAAGAAGGACCUGUGCCAGGUUCUACACUCUUCAUUAAGAAUCUAAAUUUCAGCACAACAGAAGAGAAACUACAGGAGAUCUUCUCCAAAUGUGGAAAGGUGAAGUCUUGCAGCAUUUCCAAGAAGAAAGAUAAAAAAGGUAACCUGUUGUCCAUGGGUUACGGUUUUGUCCAAUAUCAGACAGCAGAGGGAGCACGGAAGGCUCUGAGACAACUACAGCACUGUAUGGUAGAUGAUCACCAGUUAGAGGUGAAGAUUUCAGAAAGAGCCACAAAGACUACGGAGGUGUCACACAGACAGAAGCAAGCUGAGAAGAAGCAGACCGGCUCCAAGAUCCUUGUGCGCAACAUUCCCUUCCAAGCGACUGUCAGGGAAAUCCGAGAGCUCUUUUGCACAUUUGGGGAGCUGAAGACUGUCCGUCUUCCAAAGAAAGCAGCGGGCUCAGGGAAACAUCGGGGCUUUGCCUUUGUUGAUUUCCUCACCAAACAGGAUGCAAAGAAAGCCUUUGCUGCACUUUGCCACAGCACCCAUCUGUACGGGAGACGUCUUGUCCUGGAAUGGGCUGAUGCCGAGGAUACAGUGGAGACACUGAGACGGAAAACAGCCGAACAUUUUCAUGGGGAUCUACCAAAGAAGAGACGAAAGGCAGAAGUUAUGGAGGGAAUUAUUGAGUCCAUGGAAACUGACGGGGGUGUUGAAGACUGAGGUCCACCUAAUCCUGGACAUGAGAGAUUUGGACUGAAAAACAAGCAGACCUGAAUAGAAAUAAACUAAUAUGGAAUGAUAUUGCAGUAAUUGUACAAAAAUAAUUACUGUGACUGUAUUAUGUUUUUAAAAUAUAAAUAGUUUUACAUAAAUCUCUGCAUGUUGAUUCA